AUGGAAGCUACAUUCGUUAUAAUAGGAGGGGGUAUUGCAGGAGUCAGUUGUGCGGAGUCUUUGUCAAUUUUGGAUUCUGAUAAUUCAGUUAUUUUAUUGAGUGAGUCUGCAUUAAUCAAGACAGCUACAAAUGUUUUUGCGAUAACUAGAACUCUCACCAGUUUUGAAGUUAAAGAAGAUAAUUUUGAUAGUUUUAUUAGUAGAUAUCCGAAUGUUAAAGUAAUACAUGAUACAUUAGAGAAAAUUAAUGAAGAUUCUCACACAAUCAAAACUAAAUCUCAGUUAACCAUUAAAUAUAGAUAUCUAUGCUUGUGUACUGGAGCAACACCUAAAUUAAUACCUCAAGCCAAUAAUUAUCCAGAAAUUCUGGGUAUCAGAGAUACAGACUCUGUAGAACUGCUGGUCUCAAAAUUGAGUAAAUCUAAACGAAUUGCUAUAGUAGGAAAUGGAGGCAUUGCAACAGAAUUAAUAUACCAAAUUAAAAAUGUUGAAACACAUUGGAUAAUAAAAGAUAAACAUAUUUCCGCUACAUUUGUUGAUCCGGGAGCUGCAGAAUUCUUCAAUGAAGGAAUACUGGAGAAUAAACCAACUGAAACAAUUGUAUGUAAAAGAAUAAGAUAUAACGAAGAAAAUGUUGCAAGAAGAGGGGCGGCUUUGGGUCCUGAUUGGUACAAAAAUCUCAAUAUAUCUGGAUCAAACUCAGAAGGUGGAAAGAAAAUAAUUAUUCAUUAUGAAGUUGAAGUUAAAGAUAUUCAUAAAGAAGAAAAUGGCUCCCUUGAGUUGAUCUUAACAAAUAAUGAGAAAGUUCAUUGUGAUCUUGUUGUAUCAGCUACCGGAGUAUGUCCAAAUUUGAGUUUUACUUGUGAUAAACUUCAGUUAUCUAAAGAUGGCUUCAUUAACGUUGAUGAAUUCAUGAGAACUUCUGUAAAGGAUGUUUAUGCAGCAGGAGAUGUUUGUAAUGCAAAUUGGGAGCCUGCAAAACAUUGGUUUCAGAUGAAAUUGUGGACUCAGGCAAGACAUAUGGGUUGUUAUGCAGCUAAAUCCAUGUAUGGUGCUCUUUCAAAAGAGGAAGUACUUCAAGAUUUUUGUUUUGAAAUUUUUUCUCAUUCAACAAAACUUUUUGGAUUCAAAGUGAUUUUAUUGGGUUUAUUCAAUGGCCAGAAGCUCGGCACAAACUAUGAGAUCUUAUUGAGGAUGACUAAAAAGCAGGAGUAUGUGAAGUUUGUUCUUGAAAAUAAUAAACUACAAGGUGCCAUUCUAAUUGGUGAUACAGAUUUGGAAGAGAUGUGUGAAAAUCUUAUAUUGAACCAGUUGGAUUUAUCUCCUUUUGGUGAUGAUAUACUUAAUCCUGACAUAGACAUUGAAGAUUACUUUGAUUAAUAAAAAAUAUCAAUUCUGCUA